GAGCAGUCUAAAUCAGAAAGUGCUGACCUUGCAAUGUGGCAUCAUUACAAUGUCUUGACCGUUAAAGCCUCCAGGAAUGGUGGUAAAUGUAGUGUCCAACGGAGGGAUGCUAAUGCUGCUAUGCUCAGCAAUUAUGAGGUCUAUCAGUUAUUGAUGGAAUUGAAAGAGAAGAGGAAAGAAAGUGUUAAAAACAAGCACAGCACUGGGCAGCAAAACCUUAACACAAUAAUGUAUGAGACUUUAAAGUAUCUCUCCAAGAUGCCAUGUAUUCAUCAAAGCCCUGAGACAGUGAAAGAGUUCCUAAGUGCAAUGCUUCCUCAUAAACUUACCAAAGCCGAGAAGCUGCAGUUGCUAAACCACAGGCCACAGACAGCUGUUGAGAUCCAGCUGAUGGUAGAAGAGAGCGAAGAAAGACUAACUGAGGAGCAGAUAGAUGAACUUAUUCAGAAGGUCACAGACAUCCUCCCUGGAGAUCCCCAACAAGAAGGCAGUAGCUCUGCAGAUGCUGAGAUGGAUGCAAGCACAGACCAGUGCUAAAAACUAUGGGAACCUCUUAGCAUACAUUUAACCUCCUACAUAUUUCUUGUUUUUCUUUUUGUUAGCUGCCUAAACCAAGUGAAAAAUUAGUUGCAUUCUGUUUAGUAGUGCUAACUUAUUUAUGCAUUUACAUUUGCAGAUGGCUUCACCCUUAUUUGUUUAGAAGUUGAACCAUGCACUUUUAAAAAGCUUGUUUAUGAAAGCUACGAUUAUUCUGUAUUGCACGACUCGGAGGCUUUUAGGGACUUUUUAAGUUUUCUAUUGCUCCAAAGCUUUUUUUCAUACGUUAGAAUUAAAAUGGUUCUUACUUAAAUUUA